ACAACUAUCUAAACACUUUAUAUGUGCAGGAAAAUGUCAUUCCUAGCCAAAUUGCAGGAAGAUUGUCAACUAAUGCCAAAUGGAAACUUUGAGUUUUCCUGGAUCGAGAGGGAAUACAAUGGAAUCAACCUCAUGCCAAAGGUACGUCAUCAGGUGGAUGAGUCGUGCGUGUUCCAGGCCAUCUGUGCUGGAACAGAGAUGGCCAUCAAGAGAAACGCGGCAUUGAGAAGUCCUCCAGCCAUCUCUGAUAUUGAGUUCAAUACCAGUUCUUUCGUCAAGGAUUACGAGAAUCAUACCGACCGCAAAAUUGGUGAUGAGUCUUCUCAAGACCUUCCUGUGGAUGUGCGUGAAGAAACUGCUAUAACUCUCUUCCGCAACAAUGGUGUGUUGGCAACAUCUAAUGAUUGGGAAGGCGAACAGAGAGUUAAGUCACAGUGUCUCAAACAAAGGCUACUGCAGUUUGACAGGAUAGCUGAUCACAUAAAGAAUGCUAGACCAGUUGUCGGAUCUUUUCCAGUUGAUAGAGAUUUCUUGAGAUUAGGGCCCGAUGAAAUUUAUGAGUACCGUGGUAAUUCUAGGGAAGUAGACUACUCCCACAUGGUCCUAUUUGUGGGAUAUGGUUUUGAGGGUGGUCUAGAUGGGAAGAAAUAUCUUAUUUUUAUGAACAGUUAUGGUGAAGAGUUUGGUGACAGAGGGUUCGGCCGUGUAUAUUUUGCUGAUAUAUUUAGAGAUCGUUUAUAUGUGAUGUAUGCAACUGCUCCAAGAAUUAUCCAAGACCCCAAUGUCUCCACCUCUGCUCACAAAAGAGAACCUACUCAAGACCAUGAUGAUCGUCCAGCUCAACGUCUACGACUCAGCGGUGAUGACUCAUCGGUAGGCGGGCAACAUCCUCGGACCUUGCCGGGUGACUAGGUGAUGGCAGAUCUUGACAAACAUACAAGAGCUGUGAUUAGGUAGAAAUCAAAUUCGACCUGUCAACUUGUGCGGUUUGAAGAUUAUUAACAAAAAUAAGGUUGGCAAAGCAACAGACUAACUACAAUGCAUGGGUUUCAGGUACUCUCAACUUCAUUUUCCCUGUUCACCUGUCUGUAAUUGCUGCUUGGAAGCCAUUCAGGAAUGAACUGUGUUAGAAGAACUGUACCUUAGACAUAAUGAAAUUCAAAAUACGGAAGGCCUUUCUACAUUGCAGAACCUCCGCGAUUUGGAUGUUUAAUCUAUCAUGCUAAUCACUGUAGAAAAUGUUGAAACCUUAACCACGUAAAUGAUACCAUGCUACUGAUAGCUUCUUUUUCUCAUAGUAACCAAAUAAGUAAAAACAGCUAUUGUGAGAAUAUAAGAAGCUACACAAAAUGGUUAUUGGCCCUUCUUUCUCAUCUGAACUGGGUGGCUGCUUUGGCUGGUUUGUGUGAGAAGUUGAUGACAGUAUAUCUUGAGCAAGAUCCCUGUGUAAGUAAUCCUUGAGUGUUUCUAUGUAGAUCAGAAAAGAACCAAGAUUCACAUGCUACAGUUUAUUAUGGCUAGGAUUUUGCCAUUGAUUGCUGUGCAUCUUUUGUAAAACUAUGUUGUUAAUUUUCUAUUACAGUUCCCUAUUGUUGAUGUCGAUACUAUCUACAUAUUUCUUUCUUUUUUUUUAAACUGCCUGCUGUUUAAAGCAACACUAUUGAUUAGGGAACUCUUGAGAAGUAAAACUACUAAAAAGUAAAUUGUUUCAUGGGAACCUCUGUAAUUUAUUGUAA